AUGUCAAUGGUUCGUUUAUCUGUGAAAUUACCUCAUCGAAGACCAGUUACAUUCUGUGGUGGGACAUUAAUUGCACCACAAUGGAUAUUAACUGCAGCUCAUUGUGUUCUAGUGGAAAAUAAACAUAUUCCAGUUGGAAAACCAGUUAUGUUAGCUGAUCAUAUGAAAAGUACAAUCUAUGCACAUUUAGGUGAUCAUGAUCGAUAUAAAAAAGAAGCUGCACAAGUUGAUCAUCGUGUUACUGUUGCUAUACUUCAUCCAAAUUAUCAUAGAAAAUUACAAACUGAUGGAUAUGAUAUUGCAUUGUUACGUCUAUCAGAACCAGUUAAAACAACACCAGAAAUUGAUUUUGCAUGUUUACCAACAAAAGAUUUAAAAUUAACACCAAAUUCCAAAUGUUAUGCUGUUGGUUGGGGUAGUAAUAAAGGUGCAAAAAUACCAACAUUUGAUAAUAUACAUAGUAUAUUAGAAUCAUUAUUUUUACCAUUUCCAUCAUUAUUUACAACACCAUUUAGAUUUGGUAGAAGUGAAUCAACAAUAUGGAAUAUUAAAAAAUUAGAAGAAGAAGAAUCAUCAAGAGAAUUACAUGAAGUUGAAUUACCAAUUGUUUCUAUAGAAGAUUGUCGUAAACAUUAUGCUGAUAUUAGUUCUAAAGUUCAUGUAUGUGCUGGUGCUAGAAAUAAAGAUACAUGUGCAGGUGAUAGUGGUGGUGGUCUUUAUUGUUAUUUAGAAGAGACUAAUCGUUGGCAUGUUGUUGGUGUAACAAGUUUUGGUUUAGCACGUGGUUGUGGUUUAAAUCCUGGUGUUUAUACAUCAACAACAUCACAUAUGGAUUGGUUAUCAAAACAAUUAGCAACAAAGAUAUUUUAAAUAAAAUCAAAAAAAAGAAAGAAAAAAAAGGAGAAAAAAAGAAAAAAAUCAAUAAGAAAAAAAACAUACUAUUGAUAAUAAUAAUAAUAAUAAUCUCUAUCAGUUACUUUAUUAAGAUUUCUUCUAACGAAAAAUCGAUAUGAAUAUGAUCAAUUGAAUAUUGAAUAUAUUUUUUAUUGAUUUUAUUAUUUAUGUAAAUUUAUUAGAUAAAUUAGUAAUUAAAAUAUACCCCCCCCCAA